UCUCACACUCCAUUUCUUUGGCAAAGAGAUUCCCAUUUCCAAUUCCAAGCUCCUUUAAUGGACUCCAAAAAGCUCCUCUUCUUCUCUCUCCUCUCUUUCUCUCUCCUCCCAGAACUCUAUGGGGUGAUUCGGGUUUCCGCGGCCGCCGGCCACCGCGUACGGCGGAGCAGCCAGAGUCUCGGAGGAGUCGAGCUCUCGGCCGGUUCCAAAGUAUCUGGGAGUGAAGUCUCCGAUUCCGUACAAAUGGCGGAAAGUAGGGUUCCGGCAACUGAAGAACGGGAUGAACUUCGCGUACGGCGGCACCGGCGUGUUCGAUACCUUCAUUCUGAGCCCAAACAUGAGCACUCAGAUCGACUUCCUCCAGCAGCUGAUCGACGAGUCGACGUACACCAGCCAAGACUUGCAGUCCUCUGUGGCGCUCAUCUCCCUCGCCGGCAACGACUAUGCCGUCUACCAAGCCACAAACGGCUCUGCUCAGGGUUUUCAGGCAUUUAUAACCAAAGUGGUGAAUCAACUAGAAGUGAACCUGAGGCGCAUCCAUGGGCUGGGGGUCCCAAAGAUAGUGGUGACUGCUUUGGAACCACUGGGGUGCCUUCCCAGCAGCACAGUGGCAUCCUCCUUCCAGCAGUGUAAUGCCACUGAGAAUCUGCUGGUCAACUUCCACAAUCUGCUGCUGCAGCAAUCUGUGGCAAAGCUCAACAGUGAACUCAAAAAUGGCACUUCAUCCACUUUCAUCCUUCUUGAUCUCUACUCCUCUUUCAUGGCUGCUCUCAACAACAAAGGAGACCAUCUUGGGAAUGUGAAGUUUGAGAACCCAUUGAAGCCAUGUUGCGUGGGAAUAAGCAACGCGUAUUCAUGUGGGAGUGUGGAUGCAAAUGGGGAGAAGUAUGCAAUAUGUGAAGAUCCAAAAGCAGCAUUUUUCUGGGACGAAGUGCACCCUUCUCAGCAGGGCUGGUUCGCUGUCUACUCUGCCUUGGAAGCAAAUCUAAAGCAGCUUUAAGUUUCAAUUCCUUUAGAGAUCAGAUAAGUCAUCUCAUACUUUGACUAAGACAUUUCAUUCAUUCAAUGCUCAUUUCUCCUCCCUCUCAUGUAAUUUUCAAAUAAUAUUUGGCUUACUCCCUCUGCCUCUGCUCUCUGUUUUACUUGUAUGUAAUCCUCUCUCUCUCUCUCUCUCUCUCUCUCUCUCUCUCCCUCCUGUGUGUUUAUGUAAGUUUCUGUCUUCUUCUUCUUCUUCAAGUUCAUAGCCAGUGGUGUAACUCUGUCGGGUCGGGUCGGUUUUCAGGCAACAGAGGAAAAACAAUCAUUGCUAAUGUUUGUUAUUCCUCUAUCUCUGUGUAUGUGUAUGAAACUUUCCAUCUUCUAGCUCAAGUUCGUCUCUAAUUUUUGUUUUCUCAAUCCUUUUUAUGGUUUCAUAUUGAAGUCUCUGGCUAUCUGAUGUGUUUAAUACAAAUUCUCUCUUAUUGGUCUAA